UCUUCCACAAAACAUUGUUACAUGGCAUUUCUUUUUCAGUUUUCCAAUCUGCUUGGAACUGUCUACAGACGUGGUGACAUAAUCUUCAGCAAUGAUGGCAGUACUGUCCUUUGUCCAGUUGGCAACAAAAUAUCUGUGUAUGACCUUCGCAACAACCGUUCUCAUACACUACCCUUUGAAGCUCGGUUUAACUACACCUCGUUGGCCUUAUCUCCUAGUGGAAUCAUUCUUAUUGCUGCAGACGAGGAGGGUGAGGUUCACAUUAUUAACCUGAACUUCCGUCACAUACUUUAUCGUCGACGCUUCAAUCAACCCAUCAAGUCUGUUAAGUUUAGUCCAGAUGGCAAACACUUUGCCCUAACCAAAACCAAUGCAGUGCUUGUGUAUUGUGCUCCAGGCGCCAACAAGCGAAUAUUUGACCCAUUUGUGCUAGAGAGAGUCUUCCAUGGUGCUUAUGAUGACACAACUUGCUUGGACUGGUCCUUUGACUCCAGGGUACUCGCAGUUGGAUCACGGGAUAUGACAACACGUGUGUAUGGCUUUGCCAAGCUAAAGAAUCUGCGAGAAUAUCCCAUUGGUGGCAACAAGGAUUCAGUCGUUGGUGUAUUCUUUGAGGAUAAAUCCUUAGACUUGUGUACAGUGAGUACUUAUUGA